GCUCCUCUUGUUUCAGAAAUCCCCGGCUCAAAAUGCUACUCUCGACCCAUCUGAAGUGGAAACAUUGAAUUUUCUGUUCAACAAAUGGAACAUGACCUCAACAGAAUUUUGGAACAUGAGUGGGGAUCCAUGCAGUGGACCUCCUAUUACGCAGAGUCAAUACGAUGAUAUUUAUUAUAAACAAGCUAUCAAAUGUAAUUGCACUUUCAAUGACAAUACCACCUGCCAUAUCACACAUAUGAAAGUACUAAAUUUGAACAAAACGGGAUUAAUUCCAAAGGAGCUCACAGCACUAACUUUUCUUAGUGAUUCGAGGCUUAAUAAAAAUUACUUCACUGGGCCUUUGCCUUUAUUUAUUGCAAAUUUAUCUCAAAUGCAGUUCAUUGACGUUGGCCACAAUGCAUUAUCCGGGACCAUUCCUAAGGAGCUUGGAAACCUUAAAGAGCUACUAAUGUUGGCUAUUGGUUCAAAUAACUUCUCUGGAACUCUCCCUCCAGAACUUGGAAAUCUACCCAAACUUGAGCUGAUUUUCAUAGACAGCAGUGGAGUGGGUGGUGAGAUCCCCUCAACGUUUGUUAAACUUAAAAACAUGCGAGAAAUGUUUUUAUCAGACACUCCACUCACAGGAAAGAUACCAGACUUCAUAGGGAACUGGACAAAGCUCAAACGACUGAGAAUUCAAGGGAACUCUUUUGAAGGUCCAAUACCAUCCACUUUCUCUCAAUUGAUCUCAAUGGAAUCUCUAGUUCUAAGGAACACAUUGAUCUCUGGUAGUAUUCCAUCUUAUAUUGAAGAAUACCGCAGUUUAGAAACACUGGAUUUGAGUUUCAACAACAUAACAGGAAGAAUUCCAAAUGCUUUGUUCAACAUGAACAAUCUCACUGCCUUGUUUCUUGGAAACAAUAGCUUCUAUGGUCCUCUUCCUGACGAAAAAAGUGAUAAGCUUCAAACCAUAGAUUUGUCAUACAAUGAGAUAUCAGGAGGCUUUCCUACAUGGAUUGAUCCAACUUUACGAUUGAAUUUAGUGGCUAAUAACUUUGUAUUUGACAACACAAACAAGACUAUUUUUGAAGGACUGGAUUGUCUUCAGAGGAACUUUCCAUGCAACACUUCACGCUAUACCAACGUCUCAAUCAAGUGUGGUGGACCAGAGGUGAUAAUGCCUGAUGGCAUGGUAUAUGAGGCUGAUAACUCAAUUAGUAGCACUGCAUCAACAUCAUUUCAUGAAAGCAGAUCAGAGAAAUGGGCUGUUAGCAAUGUGGGUUUGUAUGUUGACAAAAUUGCAAAUACCACAUCACAAGUUAAUGGCACUAACACCCCAGAGCUUUUCAAAACUUCAAGGAUAUCACCGGGCUCACUUAGAUACUAUGGCCUGGGUCUCCAGAAUGGACCUUAUAUUGUAAGUUUGCAAUUUGCAGAAAUGUUAUUUAAGGAUCCGAGCACACGAACUUGGGAGAGUACAGGAAGGCGUGUUUUUGAUAUUUAUAUUCAGGGAAUUCGACUAGAGAAGGACUUUGACAUAUCAAAAGAGGCAGGUGGGGUCCAGAGAGCAGUUGUGAGAAAAUUCCAUGCUACUGUGUCGAAGAACUAUCUUGAAAUUCAUUUGCUUUGGGCUGGUAAAGGUACUUGUUGCAUCCCAUUUGAAGGUUAUUACGGACCAUCCAUUUCGGCCCUCAGUGUUGUUUCAGCUUUGGAAAGAAUGCCACCUCCUCCAUCAGAGACAAGCAACACUGGGUUUAUUGCUGGUAUUGCGGUCGUAGCUGGUAUUCUAUGCUUUAUACUUGUAUGUGCAGUUUUUUACAUCCAAAGGAGAGGGUCUAAUGUCAAUGAAGAAAUAGAGCUUCUUGAGAUAGGCCCCAGACCGAACACCUUUAGUUAUGCAGAGUUGCGAACUGCAACAGGAAACUUCAAUCCUACAAAUAAGUUAGGCGAGGGUGGAUUUGGAGUUGUUUUCAAGGGCACUCUUCUUGAUGGGAGGGCAAUAGCUGUGAAGGAUCUUAUGGUUGCAUCUCAACAAGGGAAGAGGCAAUUUAUAGCAGAGAUUGCUACCAUAUCUGCGGUGCAGCAUCGCAACCUCGUGAAGUUGCAUGGAUUCUGCAUCAAAGAAAAUAAACGGCUCCUAGUUUAUGAAUAUCUUGAAAACAAGAGCCUCGAUCAUGCUCUCUUUGGGAAAAUUGAUUUACAUCUUGAUUGGCCAACCCGCUAUAAUAUAUGUUUGGGAACAGCGAGAGGGUUAGCUUAUCUUCAUGAGGAAUCAAGGCCGAGAAUUGUACACCGGGAUGUCAAGGCCAGCAAUAUUUUGCUUGAUGCAGAACUCUGCCCCAAGAUAUCAGAUUUUGGAUUGGCAAAGCUGUAUGAUGAUAAGAAAACCCACAUUAGUACCCGGGUUGCAGGCACCAUUGGCUAUCUGGCACCAGAGUAUGCAAUGCGUGGGCAUCUGACAGAGAAGGCUGAUGUUUUUGGAUUUGGCGUAGUUGCUCUAGAGAUCCUCAGUGGGAGACCAAACACUGACAACAGCUUGGAUGCGAAAAAGAUGUAUCUUCUUGAAUGGGCAUGGACUUUACAUGAAAACAACCAAAGUAUGGAUUUGGUUGAUCCAACAUUAACAGAAUUUGAUGAAAAUGAAGUCAAUCGAGUCAUGAGAGUGGCUCUCUUGUGCACCCAGGGAUCACCAAUGUUGCGGCCAACCAUGUCACGGGUUGUGGCAAUGCUUGUUGGAGACGUUGAAGUAAGUGCAGUUACAUCAAAACCCAACUAUUUAACAGAUUGGCAUUACAAUGAUAUUACAAACAGCUUUUUGAGCGAAAAUACUCAAACAUCUACUGCUUCAACAAGUAUGACAGACCAAGUGUCGUCCCCUGUACUUCACAUUGAACCAAUUCUCCAUUGAGUCAUUAGAGGAGGGAGGUAAUGCAUUUUUGUCCAUGCUAUAAUAUUGUAUCAUUGUCAUUGGGAGCUCCAUUUGCCUUGUGUAGUUCUCUCCUAAGCCAUGAAUUUUCUCCUGGAAAUUCCUAGUUCUUGCAUUGGUAUCAUAUAUAUAUAGAAAGAGAUUUCGGAAUGAGUAUGAAGCAUUUUCAGCCUUCAAACGACUGGGAGGUUUUAAUUUUUGGUAAGUUACUUGUAUGAUAUAAGUCUGGGAGAACAAACUGAAGACCAAUUUUACUUAAAUUUAUGUUUAUGCUAAUUUUAUUUUAUAAAAAAUACAAAA